CUAUUGUUCUCUCUCUUUUCUUUUUAAUUAUCAAAGAAAAAACUCUUCUUAAUGGAGACCAUUUACAGAUAAAUUUAAAGGAAAGGUUUUUAAUAAGCCUUAGAGAUUAGAGAGAGAGAAGAUGUUGUUUAUUAUUAUAGGAUGAACAAAACAUCCUCUGUUUCUCUAUUCAUCUUUUUCUCUACAUUUCCUCAUCUGGGUCAUCUCCAAAAAUGAUUUGAAGAUCACCCAAAUUCGCAAUUUGAUUAGGACAACAACAACAACAACUUUAUUUAUCUGAUUCCGUCUUAGAUUUUCAGACAACAAAAAAGCAACAAAAAAAGAAGAAGAAGAUGGAAUCGGAUCUGGGGAAGCUCUUCAUUGGUGGGAUUUCGUGGGAUACAGAUGAAGAAAGGUUAAGAGACUAUUUUAGCAACUAUGGUGAUGUUGUUGAAGCUGUGAUCAUGAGAGAUCGUGCCACAGGACGUGCACGUGGCUUCGGCUUCAUUGUCUUUGCAGAUCCUUGUGUCUCAGAGAGAGUGAUCAUGGAGAAACACAUCAUCGAUGGCCGCACGGUUGAGGCCAAGAAGGCCGUGCCUCGAGAUGAUCAGCAGGUGCUAAAACGACACGCUAGUCCUAUCCAACUUAUGUCACCUGUCCAUGGCGGUGGUGGUGGAAGGACAAAGAAGAUCUUUGUUGGAGGUUUACCGUCUAGCAUUACCGAGGAGGAGUUCAAGAACUACUUUGAUCAGUUUGGUACAAUUGCUGAUGUUGUCGUAAUGUAUGAUCAUAACACGCAGAGGCCUAGAGGUUUUGGCUUCAUCACAUUUGAUUCAGAUGAUGCUGUUGAUAGGGUUCUUCACAAGACCUUUCAUGAGCUCAAUGGGAAACUAGUCGAGGUCAAAAGAGCUGUACCUAAGGAGACUUCCCCUGUUUCUAAUAACCGAAGCCCGCUUCCUGGCGGUCUUAACUAUGGAGGCGGGUCUAAUAGGAUUUCUGCUAAUAGCUACUUUAAUAACUUUGCUCCUGGUCCUGGUUUUUAUAACAAUCUAGGCCCUGUUGGUGGUCGGUUUAGUCCUAUUAUUGGUAGUGGUAGAAAUGCGGUUUCUGCUUUCGGCCUCGGUUUGAAUCAUGAGUUGAGUUUGAAUUUGAAUCCAAGCUAUGAUGGGACAAGUUCUACAUUUGGGUAUAACCGUAUUCCAAGCAACCCUUACUUCAACGGUGCUUCCCCGAACCGUUACACCUCUCCAAUCGGGCACAAUAGAACUGAGUCUCCUUACAUUUCGAACAAUAGAGACUUAUGGGGAAACAGAACCGACACUGCAGGUCCCGGUUGGAACUUGAAUGUCCCGAAUGAAAACAACAGAGGAAAUUGGGGACUUCCUUCUUCUGCUGUUGGUAAUGAUAACAAUGGCCAUGGAAGAAACUAUAGGACAAGUUCUGGACUUUCCUCGUCCCCAUUUAACGGUUUUGAAGGUUCUAUAGGGGAAUUGUACAGAGGCAGCUCAGUUUACAGCGACUCAACGUGGCAGCAACAACAGCAGCUAGCGUCUCAGUCUUCUCACGAGCUAGACAAUUUGUCUCGCUCUUACGGUUAUGAUAUUGACAAUGUAGGUUCAGACCCAUCUGCAAAUGACUCAGAAGUUUACAAUGGAAGCUACAAUGUUGGAAAUAGACAAACUAAUAGAGGUAUUGCGGCAUAGGUUAUCAAAAACCAAGAAAACAAAAAAAAAGUUGAGAGAUUUGUAGAUUGAAAGCAACCAAUUUCAGUUGCAGAGUUUGAAGAGGUUUUCUUCUCAUGACAAAGACACCAACUUUGUUGAUCACAGUGUGAGUCUUUGCCAAAGAUUCUGGAUUGCUUUCUCUUUUGUUAGUCCAAAAAAAACAAAAGAGAAAAACAAAGAACAGUUUUUCUUUUCUUCUUACAUAAAGAUCAGAUCGUAGCAGCCAAAGAUACUACAAGGUGGAUUUAGAUCUGCUUUCAAAGUUCUUCUUCUCAAAAACUUUUUUUUUUCUUUCAUAGAAAUAACCAAACAAAGAUCGUAGAAUUUUCGAUCAAAGAUUCUUCAGAGUUCUGUGCUCUGUUUUGUAAUUUUACUUUCUUUUUUUCUUAUUUACAAAUUGAAUUGUUCAUGAAAGCUUUGAUUUCUU